UUAGCUGUAUAACUAGUUGCCUAAAACUUCGACAACUGUCACCAGCAACACAAGGAAUCCAAAUUCCUCCAUUCCAUUGGUCGCAUGAAUUUAUUUGACACAUAUUUAAAUGACGUGUGUUUUAGUUUUAGGUUAACAUAUUUUGGAAAAGUAAAUCUUUCAAUCGAAUUAGUUAAUUAACCAAUUCGCCAAACAUUUAAAGUCAAAAAGGAUGUAAACGACUGUGCUGUGUCUAAUGAGUAACGCUGGGCAUGAAUUGGCUACGUAAGUCCCUUGUAAGGGCCGGAAUCUUGAGUUCAAAUCGUCACAAAUCUGGUGAUAAGAAUGAACAGCAGGAUCAGAGUGUUAAUGUCCCAUAUGAUAGAGAAGUCACUGGUUUAAACGACCCUUUAAAAGAGUACAUGGCUAAAAUGUUAAAUUUAAUUCGGGAGCUUAUUAUUUUCUGCCUCCUAAUGAUGGCCAUUUCUGCCCUGACAAAUGAUCCACCCAAAGUUUCCAAGGCAGCCGCAGCCACUCCAUUUCUAUCCAAAAAUGCGCUAGUAAAAGAUUUCUAUAAAGGAGAGUUAUCAGCAGCAAUCGAUUAUGCAAGGAAUUUCGAGUUUUCGUUCAUAAUGUUUUAUGCACCAUGGGAUGCCCAAAGUCAAGCUGCAAGGAAGGAAUUCCUGGCUGCUGCCAACUAUAUGAAAGAUUAUGUGGUAUUUACCGCAGUAAAUUGUUGGCAGCCACAAAGUGAAUGUAGAAAUCAAUAUAAUAAAGUGUACAGAUGGCCAGUUCUAAUAGUAUACCCAUGCUUUGGCCCUGGCAUAAAAUACAAUGGGCCAAUCAGUGCUCCUCAUAUGAUCAGCUUUUUAUAUAAGUUGAUGAAGCCAUUAAAAAAAAUUAGUGAUACUAACUUGAACUUUGAAGAGGCCUUUGUUGUUGCGGAAUUAAACGCUUUGCCAAAAAGCAGGGAAUUUUCAGUUUAUUAUACAAUUGCCUUAAAAUAUUUAGAGAGCGACUAUGAAGGCAGAAUCACGUUCUACGUGAAACCAGUUAAAGUUUCACAAAACAAACUCUCACUCUACCUGUGGAAUCAAGUCAGGGUUUUAGAUAUUGAACCAGGAGAUUGGAAGGUUGCACCAAUUCUAAAUUGGAUCAUCAAAUCGAGCGAAUCGCCCAGUUCGUGGUUGGCCCCAUCUGGUUCCAAGAGUUCCUUACUAUCUGACGUUCUACAACCCGGACCUUCUCUAAUUUUAUUCACGGCAAAGAAUCCUUUGCAUUCCGCAAACGACUAUUACAUGAUGCUCCAAGAAGUAGCUCAUGAGUAUAAAAACUGCGACGACUGGGGACUAAAUUACGAUAUGGCAACCAAAAGAUCAAGAAACUUAUUGGAAUACCAGAAGUUGAAAAGGAUGUGUCAAGUGAAGUCAACCCCUGCUAAGCUAAAUGAUGUGUGGUCUCUUAGCAUCAGUGCUCCUUUUGUCAAUUCCAGCUCAAACAAGCUGACUAUUGGAAAUAAACAGGUCGAUUGUAACUCAAUUAAUUUAGGCGUGAGAGAGCCUUUUACUUGCCAAGGUUUAAUAGCAGAGAAGUUUCCUGACGUUCCGAUUAAAAGCGGCAAGUUUAAGAAUGCUUUAAGGGAAUCUGAGUUGUACCCUACUUCAAUGUGGCGUCAAGAUUCUGAUCCUAAAUCCAUGCAGAAUCUGCGAAAGCUUCUUAGAAGAGACAAGUGUAGAACUUUUCUGUUAGCAGAAGAACUAACUAAAGCUAUUUUUGUUGAAAGCAAUAUUGAAAACACUGACCAAAUCGACAUAUCCACGCUGGGUUGUGAUAAAGUAAAUGGCAGUUUGAAUUUUAUUGCUUUGGAUAGUUUGCGUUACUACAUGUUCGCUGAACGAUUGGGAAUCGAUCUAUCAACUAAAAGCGAUUCUAGCGCUGUUGUUAUUUUGGACGAAAGUUUGGAAACUCACUAUAUAAUGCAAGGUCGAAUCAACAGCACAAACUUGAGGAGAUUUGUACAACGUUUCUCAAAUAACACUUUGACUAGGUCGAUGAAAUCAAGUGUAAAUGUUGUUCACAAUUACACACCAAGCUAUCGCAUAAGAACAGAGGAUAAUGCAGAUACUUUUACCGUCUAUGUGGAAGAAAUCGAUAGUACGAACUUUUUGGAUACUAUUCAACAACAGAAUAAGGCCACAGUAUUGAUGUACUACUCAAAACAAUGCUCCUAUUGCAACGGCAUAUCGUAUGUGUUUCUUACACUAGCCAGAAAACUAUCUUUUGUGGAUAAUCUGCAGUUUGCACGUAUAGAUGGUGAUAUAAAUAUUCUCCCAUGGGAAUAUACUAUGGAAGAAUUUCCUACAAUUUUAUUCAUACCUACCAACAGAAAAGAAGAGAGUAGAGUAUAUCCUUCAAACAUUCCCAUUACAGUACCACAUUUAUUAGGAUUUAUACUAAGCAAUGUGGAUGUGUCUUCUAAACUGCACGUGAUGUACUCGGUGUGUCUUCAUAGUCAGCUUGAAAAAGAUAAAAACAUAUGCAUGGCCACCAUACGCAACGAAACCUUGUCCUUAAUCGACAAAACACUGACUUAUUGGAGAAAGUCAAAUAAUCGCCAUCGGCAGCUGCUUUUGCAUAAUCUAAAACAGCUUCGCCAAUUACAUUUUCUUUUCAAUCACUCUCCAGACGAUUACAAGCUUAUAGAAAGUUACUUUAAAAAACUUCAAGUGUAUGAAAAAGGUCACAAUACAACGAGUUCCCUAUAUUUGGUUAAGGACGAAUUAUGAUUAUUAUUUUGGGGUUUUCUUAUAGUUACAAUGCCUUUGUACAUCCUUUGAGUAUCAUUCAAAAUAUUGGCUGUUGAGAUAUAAAAUGGGAUGGGAAAUACUUAACCAUACUUAGGGGAACAGUUAAACGCAUAUUUUUCAUCUGGCCGUUUACAUUCUUGUAGUCGGUGAUAUUCCCCGCUCUUAACUACUACAUAUUCGAGAAAUUCUUCAUUAAUUAUGCAAAAGAAGGAAAUUUCUUUAUUGUUAUUUACAACCGAAUGUCUAUUUUUCAAGAAUAGUUUCAGUUUCUAUUAGAUGCUUUUAAUCUUUUUAUUUCAGCAAACGUUGAAGAUCACCUUCUCUGACUAUAUUCGUUAUGUAAAAGAUAAUAUUUUGGAUUCGCUUCAAAUUCAAUUUGUUUACAUUCUUUUUCUUGUAAAUUCAAGUGUCCAAAAAUAAAUGGACUUCCUUCUAUACUAUACGAGUUAUUCUUUGAGUAAACUAAGAAUAUUUUAUACUGUCAAUGCACUAAUGAAUCAAAACGAUCUUUUGAAAAUCCAUCAUGGGUCACACUGUUUUUGUAGUCCAGGGAAUAGAGACGUCUAAAGUUCUGUAAGAAGUUGAACUAGACCAGAACAAGGCAGGUCAGUAGAGAGGGAAUCUAAUAACUGUUCACAUCCCGUAUAGAGAUUUAGUAGGGAAACAAUCGUAAAUAUCAAACUUUCUCGGUUUAAUUCUUCUAAUAAUUAAAAAGUAUUUUUAAUAAAUUUAAUUUCAAAUUUUACAUAGAACCAUUUAGAUACUUUGUAUAUAUAUUUAUUUUAUUAUGUGGGUUUAAGUACUAUUUAUGAAGGGGCACUAGGAUUAUCCUACAAAUUAUUUUAUCAUGAAUAAAAUACCAAUAGUGCAUAGGACUCUCUUACUGCACAUAAGUCUGUGAUAAAGUAAUAUUGAAAUAAAUUAUUUAUUAUAAGGCCAAAUAUUGUACAUAAUAACGUGAAAAUAAAAGUACUAUAUUUGUUAAA